AUGGGAUUCAUUCAGAAGGCACUGGUUGCGCUCGGCCUUGUAGGCUCUCUAACUCAGGCUCUCCCGAGAACGGGCCUGAAGACUCGCGCUGGCGGUGGUAAGCUGGCUAUCUACUGGGGUGCUGAGGACGACAAUUUGUCUCUGCAGACCGUCUGUGAUGACCCGACUUACGACAUUGUCAAUUUGGCUUUUCUCGCUUAUUUCCACGGCCCUGGAGGCUAUCCCACAUUGUCCCUUAGCGGUCUCAAUGGCCCGUCAGCCGCACAACAGCAGGCUGGAGCCACUGGUCUGCAAGACGGCAGCAGCCUAGUACCUGCCAUCCAGUCAUGCCAGCAAAAUGGCAAGAAAGUUAUUCUUUCAAUGGGCGGUGCUGUUGACUAUGCUGAUGUCACGCUUCAAAGUGACAGUGAUGGUCAAGCAAUUGCUGACCAGAUUUGGAAUUUGUUCCUUGGUGGCACCAGCCUCUCUUCCCUGCGGCCCUUUGGAAAUAUCAAGCUUGACGGAGUUGAUCUUGAUAACGAGUCUGGUAACGCCAACGGCUAUGUUGCCAUGACAAAGCGCUUCAGAUCCAACUUUGCUCAGGAUACUAGCAAAAAAUACUAUCUGACAGCAGCACCGCAAUGCCCAUACCCUGAUGCCUCAGAGCCGCUUGAUGUGUGCGUUCUUCUUGAUUACGUCUGGGUUCAGUUCUACAACAAUGGUGACUGCAACAUUGCUCAAUCUGGAUUCAACAGCGCUGUGCAGCAAUGGAGCAAUGGGAUUGGAAACGCAACCCUCUUCAUUGGAGGAUUGGCCAGCGGCGCCGACGGUGAUCAGGGCUAUGUUGAUGCUGCUACAUUCGAGAGCGCCAUCCAGGGCGUCAAGAACAUGAACCUACCCAACUACGGCGGCGCAAUGCUGUGGGAGGCACAGCUUUCCGUGAAUAACGGGAACUACGCCCAACAAAUCCGCAGUUCACUGUAG